AUGUCUGAAGGAAAUCACUCCAGAGUGGCUGAGUUCAUUCUGGAGGGCUUAACAAAUAAACCAGAGCUUCAGGUGCCCCUGUUCCUCCUCUUCCUUGGAAUCUAUCUGCUCACAGUGUUGGGGAACCUGGGAAUGAUCUUUCUGAUCCUGCUCAGCCCCCACCUGCACACCCCCAUGUACUUCUUCCUCAGCAGUCUGUCCUUCAUUGACCUCUGUUACUCCACUGUCAUCACCCCCAAAAUGCUGGUAAACUUUGUGACAGUGAGGAAUGUCAUUUCCUACCCUGAGUGCAUGAUUCAACUCUACUUUUUCAUAGCCUUUGUUAUAUCUGAGUGUUACAUGUUGUCUGCUAUGGCAUAUGACCGCUAUGUUGCCAUCUGUAACCCCUUGAUGUACAAUGUCACCAUGUCUUAUCAAGUCUGUUCCUGGAUGAUAGGUGGGGUGUAUGGUAUAGGUGUUAUUGAAGCUACAGUUCACACGGUUUGCAUGCUGCGGGUGCUUUUCUGCAAGGCGAAUGUAGUAAAUCAUUUCUUCUGUGAUAUUCUUCCAUUGCUGCAACUUUCCUGCUCCAGUACGUUUGUCAAUGAGGUAGUAAUUCUGUGCCUCAGUACGCUCAAUUUCUGUGUUCCAACCCUGACCAUCUUGAGCUCUUACAGUUUUAUCAUUGCCCCAAUCAUCUGCAUGAAAUCCACCGAGAGCAGGUUCAGAGCCUUCAGCACCUGCAGCUCCCACUUCUCUGCUGUGACUGUCUUCUUUGGAUCCUUAGCAGUUGUGUACUUUCAGCCAUCAUCAGUCAGCUCCAAAGAGCAAGGGAAAGUGUCCUCUCUGUUUUAUACUAUAGUUGUACCCAUGCUGAACCCACUCAUCUACAGCCUGAGGAAUAAGGAUGUCAAACUUGCUUUAAAUAAGUUGCUUCGAAUGAAGACAAUUCAGAUGUGA